AUGUCAUUGAACACUUCCACUGCAGGAAAAGGUGUGGAUCCAAACGCGGUUGACACUUAUGACAGUGGCGAUGACUGGGAAAUCGGUGUUGGGAAUUUAAUAAUUGAUUUGGACGCCGAUUUGGAGAAGGACAGACAGAAAUUUGAAAUGAAUAAUUCUACUAAUACCACCAGCAGCAGCAACACCAGCUCCAAGGAUUGCGGGGGUCUGGCUUCCAGUGGGGCUAAUGCUACCUCAGCCUUAGCUGAUGGCCUAAAAUUUGCUUCUGUUCAGCCCUCUGCUCCCCAGGGGAAUUCCUCUCACAAAGAGACUAGCAAAUCAAAAGUGAAAAGGAGUAAAACUUCUAAGGAUGCUAAUAAAUCUCUGCCUUCUGCUGCCUUGUAUGGGAUUCCUGAGAUCAGCAGUGCUGGCAAGAGGCAGGAAGUCCAAGGGCGCCCUGGAGAGGCAACUGGCAUGAAUUCAGCACUGGGUCAAAGCGUGAGCAGUAACCCAAACGGCAAUAAUAAUACCACCAGCACCACCACCACCAUUGCCUCUUGUGGGAAAAACAAAGAGGAGAAACCAGGUAAAGCCCUGGGCAGCAGAGGCUCCAAGCGGGAUAAGGAUGCAGGAAAAUCCAGGAAGGACAAGCAGCAUGACCUGCAGCAGGGCCACCCCAACGGCAGCGGGGGUGGCAGCAGCCAAACUCCCCCUGGGCAUCUCUAUGGCUUCGGGGCCAAGGGAGGCGGUGGUGGAAGCAGCAGCCCCUUCCACUGCACCUCCUCUGCCAUGGGGGAGGUGAACAAAAGUACCCCGGAUUCAGGGUUAAUGGGGAACUCUAUUUUGGUAAAGAAGGAAGAGGAGGAGGAGGAGAGCCACAGGCGAAUCAAGAAAUUGAAAACAGAAAAGCACUGGUGGGCAUUCGCGGCUGUUCCUCUCCCAAAGUCUAAACGGACCCUUCUCCCUUCUCCUGGGACCCGCUGCCUGGAGUUGAGAUGGUGCUUGGUGGGGGGGAAACAGGAGGCAUCGGCAGAGACCCCAGGCUCCGCCGUAGCGCUUCGUGGAGACACAGGAUGCUUAUCGCACCGGGGGCUCACGCGGUACAGCAGCCCAGAGGCCUCAGAGGCUGGUGUGGAGGACGGGGAGGAAGGAGCCAGCAGACAGGCGGUGCCUCUCGUCCUCCUGGAAGGAGGCGGCUGGGAGGAGGGGAAUGCACCUUGUGCUGAGUUGUGUGUGUGCAAAACAGCUUUGGGAACAGAGGGGAGCAGUUUGUCUCCUGUCUGGGGGAGCUUUCGUAUCUGA